UUCCCAUUUCUUCAAUUGUGUUGGGGUUCAGGCCUUUCUAUAUCUACAAACAUUCCAGCGAACUGCCAGCGGCCAUUUCCAUUUUCGCCUUCGGCACUUUCUCCUCACAUGACAACCUUAAAAGGUCUUCAUCUCGCCGCCGCAGCCGUCAAACCUCAAAACAGUUCACUUAUCCUCACUUGCUCGCGCCCCAAAAUCUCACUUCCCAGUCACAAAUCCUCUCUCCAAUCUCUCCUUCGUCGACCCCUCUCCUUCUCCUAUUCUCACAGGUGCCUGCUCCCCAGCUCAUUCUUCGCCACCGCAUUCUCCAAAACUGACGAAGAAGAAGCCUCCUUUGAACCGCCCCACGCAGAUGAAGAACCCGAAGACGGACAGCAGCGGAGCUCGAUAGAAUCCCGGCGGCUCUACGUCGGCAAUCUCUCCUUUUCGAUGACAUCUUCCGAGCUCUCCGACAUUUUUAGCGAGGCGGGAAAAGUCGACCAAGUGGAGAUAAUCUACGGCCGCUCCACCUACCAGAGCCGGGGAUUUGCUUUUGUAACCAUGGCUACUGCCGAGGAGGCUAACAAGGCGAUCAGGAUGUUUGAUGGAGCUCAAAUUGGCAGCCGGACUGCAAAAGUGAACUUCCCUGAGGUGCCCAAGGGUGGUGAGCGUGAGGUGAUCGGGCCAAAGCUGAGUGCUAACUCUCGAGGAUAUGUUAACAGCCCACAUAAACUUUAUGCGGGUAACCUUGGGUGGAAAGUCACCUCUGAGGCUCUUAGGGAUGCAUUCUCAGCUUGUUCUGGGCUUCUUGGCACUAAGGUUAUCUAUGAACGGGAUUCAGGCAGAUCUAGGGGUUUUGGCUUUGUCACUUUUGUCUCUGCUUCGGAAUGCCAGGCUGCACUGGAAGCCAUGAAUGGAAAGGUUGUACCUUUACCUUUAUUGUCUCUAGAGGUUGCAUAAAAGUUCGGUGUUUGCAAACUUCCAGCAUUUGGCUU